GCCGCAAGAAAACGAAGCAGCAGCACAGCAGCACCAGCGCGACCACGAAUGGCGUCGACCUCGAGCUUGGAUUUGGGAAAGAUUGUGCCGCCGGCCGGCUUCCUCCACUGCCGCGCCGCCGUCCUCAGCGCCCCUGUUCUCUGGGGGAGGAGCGCGAGCGGGCGGUGCAGCCUCGCCGUCUCGGUGUCGUCCUCCAAUGGUGCAGCUGGGCUCUCCCCACUGAGUGACUCGGAGAAGAAAGGCCCUGUGGUGAUGGAGAUCCCGCUGGAAGAUAUCCGGAGGCCGCUAAUGCGAACGCGUGCUAAUGAUUCUGAUAAGGUGCAGGAGCUCAUGGACAGCAUCCGUGUCAUCAGCCUCCAAGUACCUGUGGGCUUCCUUUCCUUUAACAUUAAUUUUUCCAAAAUUAUUAUUUUUAGCUCAUAAGAUAAAUUAUGUCAGAACUGGAAUUUUCUAAUGUGGAAUUGAGUACAUACAAAUAAAGUUAUAGAGUAGCUAAUACAUUGCCGACCACUGCUACUGAAUUCAGUGAUCUCCACACAGUUGUCUGAGCCUCUGAGGACGUUUGUGCUAUGGUUGAUUGAGAUUCACUUGAUUGAGUAUGCGUGUCAAUAUUCAAGUUGGGUUCUUUACAUGCAUAUUCUGCGUACAGCGUCACAACGUACAGAUGCAUUUUUUGCCCACGAGAUCUGGCACUAUUAUGUCUAGAAUAAGUUUUCCCAAGCUCAUUUUGACAUGUGAAGUCUAUUCACCUGCGCUCCUCUGAAUCAGUCUUAGUUCAAAGAAAGUG